CUCAAAUUCAACCAAAAGAAACUGCAGAAGUCGAACAAACAUCAGAGCACCUUCAGAACAAACAAUAACACAACAAACUACAGAAGCUCAAGUUGUUUCAGUCCAAUCAGACUCAAAUCAGACACCAAACACACGCAAAGUUCAACUAAAAACUUACACUCCUACAGAACCAGAAGGUGUCUUCUCAUUCUCAACAACAGAAGCAAGAUAUAG